CUCAUACCCAUACUUUUUAACACCGAGCAACUAUGUUGUUCACAGGCUCACGCAACAGACAGAACCGGGCCCUGGUUGGGCUCAAGCUUGGCGCUCAGCUGUUACCCUCUCAGCUCUUUGUCCUGUUGAUGAAACUGAUCUUCUGCUAGCUGGAUUCAGGGCCUGAGCAGGCUUCAACGCGGGGCCUUGGACAUCUGGACCAAGCUCAGCAAGCAGCUUGUAGAGCCUCUGCCUUACUUUUGGAAAAGGCAGGCAUUAAACAUGACAGACUAGCAAGGGCGUCAGCCCAUUCAGCGGGCAUUCAGCGGACCUUCAUGUCCAAAGCUCGCUCAAGCAGGGACGGACCCGCUCGAAGCCGCUGCAGCUGUAAUGGAGGCUGCAGCUGCUGCAGCGGCUGGAGUUCCGUCCCUGGUUGUGCCUGCAAGCAGUCAGCGGCGCGUUCGCGGGGUCGUGUCGCGGACUCACAGAAGCUCGCAGCGACGUCAUCAGAAUUUGGAUUGAUGGGCAACAACUGCAGCGUCCAGCGGCGAAGAAGCAGUAGGCAGCAGACAUGUUGUCGCCCACGGUCGGCUGGCAUCCCCUCGCUGCCGCUCCUCUUACUGGCGCUUGCCUGCGGGCUGCUCCCUCCCGCGUGGGGCCCGCUUCGGGGUGCGUACGCACAGGCCUGCAACAGCACGGUGGCAGACUGCUCGGGCGGGGAGCUGACGCAGUACGGCGUCUCGGCGACGGCCGCCCCACCGCCCAAGGACUCGAUCGCAGCGCCCUACUCGGCGCUCCUCGGCCCACCCGACUACACGGCGACUCCGCUGUGCAUCUCAUAUGCACCCAACACAACGCAGCAGCAGCAGACGGCGUGGUCCCAGGCCAGCAAUGACCCGUCGGCAGCGACGAGGUUCAGCUCGGUGACCGCGGGCUUCAGCACGCCCGUGUACGCGCGCCAGGUGGGCGUCCUGAUUGUCAGCAGCGCGACGCCCAACAUCACCGACAACCUGUUCCUGGUGACCGCCGACUCGGGGUCCAUCAGGCUGUCAUGCCCAGAGAACACGGGCCGCACCUGCCUGGGAGCCAACGCCAGCGAGACGCCGUACUGGUUCACGUGCAACACCAGCAGCCUGGUGGGGCCUAUCGUGGGCAUGCGUAUCAGGCUGAAUGCGACGGUCGUGGUGGACGCGGUGCGGUUAACGGGCUUUGUGGCGUGGCCAUCGCCGCCGCCGCCUUCUGCCAAGCCACCCAGCCCCAACCCGCCCAGCCCCAACCCACCCAGCCCCAACCCGCCCAGCCCCAACCCGCCCAGCCCCAACCCACCUAGUCCGGCGCCGCCCAGCCCCCAUCCGCCUAGUCCGGAUCCGCCCAGCCCCAACCCGCCCAGCCCCAAGGCGCCCUCACCGGAGCCGCCUAGCCCGAAGCCACCCUCACCCAAGCCACCCAGCCCCGGGCCGCCUUCACCCGAGCCGCCCAGCCCUCCUCCCAGCCCGGAGCCGCCCAGCCCUGGGCCGCCUAGCCCUCCUCCAGGUCCUGACCCGCCGUCUCCGCAGCCACCCAGCCCGGAGCCGCCCAGCCCUCCUCCGAGCCCGGAUCCGCCCAGCCCUCCUCCCAGCCCGGAGCCGCCCAGCCCUCCUCCGAGCCCGGAUCCGCCCAGCCCUCCUCCCAGCCCGGAGCCGCCCAGCCCGGGGCCGCCUAGCCCGGAACCACCCAGCCCGGAGCCACCCAGCCGUCCUCCAAGUCCUGACCCGCGGUCACCGCAGCCACCGAGCCCGGAGCCGCCCAGCCCUCCUCCCAGCCCGGAGCCGCCCAGCCCUCCUCCCAGCCCGGAGCCGCCCAGCCCGGAGCCACCCAGCCCUCCUCCAAGUCUUGACCCGCCUUCACCACAGCCACCAAGCCCGGAGCCGCCCAGCCCUCCCCCCAGUCCGGAGCCGCCCAGCCCUCCUCCCAGCCCGGAGCCACCCAGCCCGGAGCCGCCCAGCCCACCUCCUCCCAGCCCUCCUCCUAGUCCCGAGCCUCCCAGCCCGGAGCCACCGUCACCGCAGCCCCCCAGCGCGCCGCCUAGCCCCAACCCGCCUUCACCGGAGCCGCCCAGCCCUCCUCCCAGCCCGCAGCCGCCCAGCCCGGAGCCGGCCAGCCCACCUCCUCCCAACCCUCCUCCUAGUCCCGAGCCUCCCAGCCCGGAGCCGCCGUCACCGCAGCCCCCCAGCGCGCCGCCUAGCCCCAACCCGCCUUCACCGGAGCCGCCCAGCCCUCCUCCCAGCCCGCAGCCACCCAGCCCGGAGCCGCCCAGCCCACCUCCUCCCAGCCCUCCUCCUAGCCCUGGGCCUCCCAGCCCGGAGCCGCCGUCAGCGCCGCCGCCCUCUCCUGGUCCGUCGCCUCCGCCUUCUCCCCAGCCACCGCCAUCGCCACCGCCGUCAACUCCCCCAUCGCCGCCCACCCCUCCCAGGCCCUCGGCGCCUGCGCCCUCACCGCCGGUGGCGCCCAGCCCACCCGCCCCUGAGCCCGCCUCCCCAUCGCCGCCCUCGCCCAGCCCGCCGCCCGCGCCACCCGCCUCUCCCCUGGCCGCCACGCUGGGCCUGCCCGCCGACAUGGUCGACACCACCGGCAAGCCCGUGGCCGUGCUGACGUUGGCGCGCGAGUCCACGCUGUCGGGCGUCGAGCUGACCGACCCCGGCGCCCUGAUGGUGUUGUUCCCCGGCGCCAAGACCGUCCAGGCUGUGGGCUUCCAGCUGGGUGUGCCGCUGCAGGUGGUGCCCCGCGGCGCCUCGGGCUCGGGCGUGGACGUGUGCAGCGGCACCUACCUGGCCACGCUGCAGGAGGAGUUCUAUGCGCGGCUGCCCUUCAGCACCACCACCGCCACUUCCGUCACUUGCACGCGCACGGCAGCGGUGGCACCGGCACCUGCGCCCACGAGCCGCCGCCUGCUGCAGCUGCUGCUGGGGCGCCACCAGCAGCAGCAGCGCCACCAGCAGCAGCAGCAGCAGCGCCGGCAGCACAGGCGGCUGCUGGCCGCUAGCAGGCCAGACGGCGGUCUUGAGGCGCAUAUGCUGCGUGGCCUGGUGCAGCAGGCGGCAUCUGAGGCCGGCGGGCGGCGGCUGCAGCAGCAGCUCUUUCCCAGCAGCAGCAGCGGCAGCAGCUCGGGGCGUGGUGCGGAGGAGAGGAACGCGGUGGGCGCCUGUGCGGGCGAGUCCGCCGGCGCCGUCAACUUCAGCAUGCAGGUGCCCAUCGACUCGUCCGGCUCGGCGGGCGGCAGCAGCGCCAGCGGCAGCAUCACCUCGGUGCGCAGCGAGCUGUACGACAGCAUGCGCAGCUGGCAGGUGGCGCAGGAGGCCAGCGGCGCCGGCAGCCUGCUGGUGUGCAGCCCGUCCGUGGACGAGAUCAGCGUGUCCACAAAGGUGCGGGCGGUGUACGAGGUGGGCCUCAGUGCCGCAGGCGCCCGGGCGCUGUCCACCGCCUGCACCGGUGCGGGCGCAGGCAGCGGACUGCUGGGCGGCAGCAGCGACGUCAGCUGCAACCUGGCGCCCGGACCCGGCGCCGCGCCCGUUGAGGUCAGCCCGGCGCCCGGAGACACCAACAGCGUCGCUAGCCCCGCGCCCGUGGACAUCGCGGCCCCGAGCCCAAGUUCCAGUGGCAACAAUGGCGGUUCGUCAGCCGUAACCCUGCUAGCUGCAGUUGCAGGCGGCGCAGGCGCGGCCGCCGUCCUGGCAGCGGCAGCGGUGGUGCUGGUGGUGCGCCGACGCCGGCGGCUGGCGCGCGAGGCAGAGCUGAAGAACGCCGACUGCGUGCAGCCUGUGAGCGACCUGUCCUACGCGGAUCGCCACUCAUCCUACCUGCCACGUGAAGUAGCGGGCGGCCGCGGGAGCCACCACAGCAGCCGCCGCUCGGGCCGCAGCGGCGCCAUGCGCGUGUCCGCCGCCGGCUCGGCCGCCAGUAGCGUCCGGAGCGCGCGGGCCAGCAGUGCCCGUCGCUCGGCGCUGGGCCAAUCUGUGGUGACUGCCAAUAGCAGUAGCAGCACUGGCAGCGGCAGCGGUGCUGGUCGCGUGAGUGCGAGCGGCAGCCAUAGCACGCGUCUGGGCGCCAGCAGUGUAGGCAACGCCAGUAGUAGCAACAAUGGUGGCAGUGCUAGCAACACGCCAAGCGCGCGGAGCAGCACCAGCGGUAUCGGCAGCCCUGGCGGCCGCGCCAGCGGGACCGGUAUGGGUGGGCCAGAGCAGGCGCACCCGCACCCGCCUCACCACCACCAUGGCAACAUGGAUAUCGAGGCAGGCGGGCCAGACGCCCAGGCACAUGCCGCCACAGCAUCAGAAGCAGCAGCAACCUCGGGGCCGUCAGCACAGCAUGGCCUGCCGGCUGAGCAGUACCAGCAGCCAAACCCACCGCUGCGCGGCCGUGCGCUGCGCAUGUACGAGCGCGCCCGCGGCGGAGUGGCGGGGCCGUCGGUGACGUCCUCGUCGGCAUCACGCAACCUGCGCGCGCUGGUGGCCGUGCGCGCUGCCUGGCGGGCCGCUGCAAAUGCGGGGGGUCAGGCGGCGAGCAGGGAGCCCAACGCACCCGGUGCGGGCGGCGACAUCCCAGCCGUCACCGGCGCGGCCGCUGUCGCCGCGGCGACUGGCGCGGUGCCGGGUAGCCGGCCGCGCUCGCCUGGCUCGUUGCCCCCGGCGGUGCCGCCAGGUAGCGUUGACGUCGGCGACGCCGAGGCGGCGGCCGUGGUUGCUGCAGCCGAGGCAGAGGCGGCGGACCCGGCGUUCGCACUUGAGGACGACGAGACGGCUGCGGGCUUCAUCGUGGAGGAUGGCGACGACAGCUUUUCAUCGGUGCGGUCGCACGAGUCCGGCGUGUCUGAGGCUGCGCGGGACGGCGCCGAGUCGGCCUCAGCCACAGCCGCUGCCAGCGCCAGCGCCGCGCAGGCUGGCGCGCCGCCGGUGUUCCAGCGGCGGACGACGUCGGGCAACUCAAAUGGCCGGCCCUCGCGCCCCGCCUCGCCUGGCUCCGCCUUGUCUCGGCCCUCCUCGCCCGGCCACGUGGUCGCCCCCGGCUCGCGGCCCCUCAGCCCCGGCCUGCUGGCCGCGACCAAGGCGGCAGCCGCGGCUAUCGGCGCGCUGGCGGCGGCGGUGGAGGCCCGCAAGAGCUCCAACGGCGGCGCCAGCGCGCCCAGCUCCAACCGCACCUCGGCGGGGCGGAGCUCCGCCGCGGCGCGCGGUGUGUCGGCGGAGGGCGCGGCGUCCGCCUCCUCGCGCAAGAGCUCCUCGCGGUCGUCCGGAUCGCGCAAGACCUCGCCGCGCCUGCUCACCCGCAUGCCCUCACCGCGCGUGCACCCCUCGCCCGCGGGCACGUCCGAGCGCGGCGACAGCCCGCCGGAGGGCUACAACCCGCGUGCGCUGGGCCGCGCCGCCACCACCGGCCAUGGCGCCGGCGCCGCGGCCUCUGCUAGCGCCGGGCUGUCGGACUGGGCUCGGCCGCUGGCGGCUGCAGCGGGCGCGCUGACGGCCGCCACCAGCCGCUUCGCCAACUUCAUGCUGGGCCGCCCGCUGCCGCGCAGCGUCAGCGCCGGCAACACGCCAACCAGCCAACGCGGCAGCAGCGGUGGCGGCGGGACAAGUGGCGGCGGCGGCAUCAGCACCCGGCCGUCCUCGGGCAUCGACGGCAGCCGCAACGGCUCGCCCGAGAGCACCGCCAGCGGUUCCACCGCGGUGACGGCAAAGUCCAACUUUGUCGCAGCCGUCGACGAGCACAUCCCGCCGCCGGUGACCCUGGCGGCGGGCAUGUGCGCGGAGCCGGAGGCGUUGGCGGCGACGCCGGCCGAGGCCACUGCAGCAGCGGUGGCGGCAGCGGCGGCGGCUCGCGCAUCGGCGGCACCGCCGCAGGCGGCGACGUGGAUGCGCAGCCCUGCAUCGUCCACGUCGGGCGUUGAAGGUGCCGACACGACAACCACUGUGAUUGCUGUGCAGCCGGCGCCUUCACUCAGCAACCGGUCGUCCUCCUCAGGUGGCCCCAGCAGCGGCGAUGUAUCGUUCGGCAUGCUCCCGCUGCCGCCGCGCGUGCCCAGCGUCAUCCAGCCGCCGUCGCAGCUGCGUUCGCCGUCGCAGCUGCCGGAGCGGCCGCAGCCGGAGCUCCACUCGCCGCGGCAGCAGCGCUCGCCGUCCUACACGCGGGCCCGCUCAAAUUUGGGCUCUCCACAGGGACCGCGCUCACCGUCGGUUGCAGAGCCGCAGCCCAUGCUGGUGCCGGUGCAGUUGCGGCAGAGCCCACCGCGCCUAACGCGCUCGGCACCCGGGGCCCAUGCCGCCAGUGUCGACGCCACUCGUGGUGCAGGCAGUAGCGGCGCGGCCCAGCGCGCCCUCCACGCCUCGCACUCCACGUUGCCCCCUCGCCCACACCACGCGCCCACCUUGUCCAGCCUCGGUCGCACCGGCUCGCUUGGUGCUGCCGCUGGCGCUGCGCCGGCUUCCGGUCCUGGUGGGCCACUGGCAGUGCCGCGUGUGCUGCGCCGCACGGUCUCGGAGGCACCGCAAGGCUCUGUUGCACGUGCAGCGGCGGCACCGCCGCCGGCGCCUCCCGCGCCCAAUCCGAGCCGCCUGGCAUGGUCGAGCAGCAUGGCCGGCGGGAGCCAUGAGGCCACGGCAGAGGCCGACCAGGCCACUGCGUCGGCUGCGGCGCCUUCGCCGGCGCCGGCACUGGCGCAGCUGGCCGACUUUGCCAGGAUAUCAAUGCUGCCGGCACAGGCGCCGGGUUCUGCACUGCGCGAGGUGCUGAAGCAGCUGCCGCCCACGCUCGACGCCACCUACAAUGCCGCAGCCGCAGCUGCAGCGGCGGCGGCAGCCAGCGCCGCCAUCGCCGCCAGCGAGGCGUCCGACAGCAGCGGCAGCAGCAUGUGGUCGUCCACGUCCUCGGAGGGCAGCUUGGCGGCCGCAGCCGCCGCGGCGGCGGCAGCACCAGUACCGAGCCGCCGCGGCAGCGGGUCGGGCACGCCGGCGGGCGUGGCGGCGGCGCUGAGCCGGGCUGCGCGCUCGCGUCGGCGGCUGCAGGGCAUGCUCGUUGCGCAGGCGCAGCAGCAUCCGCAGCAGCAGAUGCAGCUGCUGCCGCCGCCCGCAGCAGCAGCCGCAGCGGCCCCUGCACGCGAUGCGCUCACCAUCGACGACGUGACCAUCGGCACCUCGCCGCACCUGCCCGGCUUCUCGCUGCUCUUCCGGGUGCGCUGGAAGCAGGCGCCGGGGCGCUUCGGCCACAUGCCGUACUCGGCCUGGGUGCCGUACGACCAGCUGCCGGCCGCCGACGGCCAGGAGGCGAUGCGGCGCUUCAUGCAGAGCGGCCGCUGGCGGCAAUUCAAGAGCACGUCGCAGUACGCCACCUUUGCGCGCGAGAACCGCGACCGCGUGCCGCGCCUGCUGACCAUCACGGAGGACUCGCGCGCCGAGAUUGGCAGCGGCCACCUGCCCGUGGAGGCCGCCGCAGAAGCGGAGACGGGCGCCGACACCAGCGGCCGGCCCUCCAUCACCGGCAUCGACGCCGACAGCGAGCGCACCAGCGGCAGCGUGCGCGGCGGGUAACACGCGUUGGUGACGUGUCGCGCGCGGCCCUAGGAGGGUGUGUGCUCGGUGCUUGCCUCGGUCAGAGCAACCUGGCUACGAGGGCGGGGUAGCCAGGUUGCUUGGGGUAGGCGGGGGAAGUUGUUGAGGCGUGCCGAAGGGCGUGCAGCUGAGGCGUGACCCCUGACAUCCAGCGCUGUAGCGGCGCGGGUGUCAGGGGCACGCGGCGCCGGCAGCCGCUGAAUGGCCGCCUCCAGGUACUGCAGAGUGCUUAUGCAGCAGGUGGGGCCGUGGAACUGGGUCGGACAGUGUGGCUGCAUUCUGUUUGCCGCGCUUGUGCACCUGCAGGUAGCAGUAUCCAGCCAUACCGGUAUGCCAGAGGAAGGCUUGUGCGGAACAGAAAACAGAACCCUUGAUUACUGCAAUGCGCGUCUAUGGCCACUAGUGCUGCACUUUAUCAUUGUGCUGGAUGAAAUGUUUGUUUGGGGAUUGCAAUGCGCUGCAAUAGCGCGGCAACUUGCCAACAUGUGCGUGUGUGGGACGAGAAACAUGGAACGACUCUGUGGAAGGGGAGCGUGAACUGUGGACUGCGUCCUUGGGCAGUUAUACAUCUCGGGACUCCCGAAGGGCAUCAGCAGGCUGCAAGAUGCUGUUGCCGCGUCCUGUAUGUGGCGCAGUCGUUAAGGAAAGUGCAAUGUACGUGUAUGCGUGUAUAUGUGUGGGUUUUCGGCAGUUGGAUGUUUGACGGGAGGCGCUGCUGUCGUUGACCAUGCCGUGUGCCGCCGUACAGGUUGCCAUUGUGCGUGUUUGACAUGGGACUAUCAUCGUCUCUCCAUCGUAUCCAUGUGAAUGAAUGAGUCACGACUGGCAGGUUUUACAACCGGUGUCAGGUCCACAGCUGCACCGGGUCAAAUAGAAAGGAAAGGAAGCAGGAUUUGAGCCGAACCUGAUUUUACGGUCUUGGCGUGGUGGCGAAAGCAUGUGGACGACGUGAAUACUAUCGCAGCACCCUAGCAGGCCAUGCGCAGGCCGCAGGUAGCCAUCAAGCGCAGUAUGCAGGUAUGCAAAAUGUUGGCUGGUUGGUUAAGUGCAGGAUCUUGCUUCUUUUAAGCUGGCCGCGUUUCCGUGACCUGUGAGCAAUGAACAACCCGAAAAGGGGGCGGCGGGUGCAGCAUGUAUGUGAGGUCGCUUACCCGCGCCUAUCCUGGCGGCAUCUUCUGUCCUAGUUUCGAGGCAUAGUCUUUUCGCAGCUGCUGUGCCAGUGGCACGGUGUGCUGUGACUGUGCCGGCAUCACCCUCCAGAUAAACUGCAGAUUGAAUCAGCGAGUGGUGGCUGUGGCGCCGGAAGGCUCUGUCGCUGUUAGGCUUGGUUUUGGCCGGAGGUCUUACGCUGAGUUCGUCUCGGUUUGGAUUUGGAUUGGGGUGAUCAAUGAUCAGGAAAUGCUCAAGAAGUGGUGGUGAGAGUUGGGCCCCCCGUAAACCCCCUUAGUCGCUGCGCUCGGGGGGCUCAGCCCAAGUAUGGCAUCGCCGGUGAUACACAGACCGUAGUAUGAGAGAUGUGUGUCGUAUAUGGACCGCCUUUGUGAAGCAUGGCAUCCCCUGGGUACCAUGCCACCCGAAGCUGGAAGCUUUGCGCACUCCAGAUACAUGUAAAUACACGCGAAG